AUGGCGCACGGUGCGGCGCCGAAUAUACCACUGGCUCUUGCUCCAGGGCCCGAGCGCUACGUUGCCGAUGGCUUCGAUGCUGAUGCACGUGUAACGGAUGAUGGCCGCGUGCAGAUCGCACUGAACGAUGACGAUCCACAGGUAGUCAGCCUUCUGGAAGCGAUCCAGCGAGAGACCACACGCCGCCCAUCACAAAUCAGAAGAGAGGAUGCUGAGUUCCCACCGCGACUAAAUGUGGUCAUUCAUGUCGUGGGCUCGCGCGGCGACGUACAACCGUUUAUCGCACUGGGGCAAGCCUUAAAAAGACAUGGACAUCGCGUGAGAUUAGCGACCCACCUGGUCUUCCGGGACUUUGUUAAACAGCACGACCUGGAGUUUUUCAAUAUCGGCGGCGAUCCGGCCGAGCUUAUGUCGUUCAUGGUUAAGAAUACAGGCCUUAUACCGAAAAUGGAGACGCUGCGAGAAGGUGCCAUAGGGAAACGUCGCAAGGAGAUACGGACGAUGAUUGGGGGAUGUUGGCGCUCGUGCAUUGAGGCUGGCGAAGGCAUCGAUUUGACUAGCGAUGACCCGAUCACUGCGCCGGCGUUUGUGGCCGACGCGAUCAUUGCGAACCCGCCGAGCUUUGCGCACGUCCACUGUGCGGAGAAAUUGGCCGUGCCGUUGCAUUUGAUGUUUACAAUGCCAUGGUCUCCCACGCAGUCCUUUCCACACCCCCUUGCCAACCUCACCAAUAUCAGCACUCGCGAUGCAAAGGCGUCGGUAGCGAAUUUCGCCUCUUACAUCCUGACGGAGAUGAUCAUCUGGCAAGGAGUCGGCGAUCUGAUCAAUCAGUUCCGUCGCUUCGAGCUGGGAUUGGAACAGCUGGAUGUGAUGCGCGCUCCCAGUUUGGUCACCCGCUUGCGCGUCCCCUUCACUUAUAUGUGGUCCCCGUCUCUCCUGCCAAAGCCCGACGAUUGGCAGGAGUACAUCGACGUAACGGGUUUCAACUUCCUACCCGCGAAAGCCGGCUACGUUCCACCCCGCGACCUGGCCGAAUUCCUAGACGCAGGUCCACCACCACUCUACAUUGGCUUUGGAUCCAUCGUAGUAGACGAGCCCGACGCCCUUACCCAGACUAUUCUCGAUGCCGUCGAAAUGACAGGCCAACGUGCAUUAAUCUCAAAGGGAUGGGGCGGUCUGGGAGCCGAGCAGAUAAACCGCUCAGAUGUCUUCUUCAUCGGAAACUGUCCCCAUGACUGGCUUUUCGAGCGAGUCUCCUGUGUCGUCCACCAUGGCGGCGCAGGUACCACAGCCUCCGGCCUCGCUCUGGGCCGACCAACUACCAUCGUCCCAUUCUUCGGAGACCAGCCUUUCUGGGGUGGCUUAGUUGCCCGUAACGAAGCCGGCCCUGCACCAAUUCCGUACAAAAAGCUCACCGCUGACCGUCUGGCUGACGCCAUCCACUUCUGCCUGAAGCCUUCGACCAUGGCCAAAGCACAGGAACUGAGCGAACAGAUCCGCGCAGAGAAUGGCGCUCACGCAAGCCUAGAGAGCUUCCACCGCCAGCUGGAUCUCCGCCGCGUCCAAUGCUCCCUAUGUCCGGAUCGACCGGCUGUCUGGCGCGUGAGACGAACGAAAAUUCUCCUCAGCGCGUUCGCAGCCACCGUCCUAGUCGAGGAGAAGAGACUCAACCCGAAGGAUGUGAAACUGUACCGCGCAAAACGCUACGAUACUACCGAGGGCUGCGCCGGAGCCGACAAGUUCACUAGCGCCAUAAGCAACUUUCUAACCGGGCUAGUCGAUAUGCCUGUGAACGCUGUGCAGAAUAUCUCUGCCCCUGCUGCGGAUCGCUUCGCGGAGAAUUAUGGCUUGCCCACCUGUGAGGCGCGCCAAGCAAUGUUCGCGCCGGGUGUCUCUGUCGCACCACCGAAUGGAUCAAUACAAGGAGAUCAGAUACAAGCCAGUGACGACGGGAAGUCUUCGCUUAGUUUGUCGUCUGCGGCGACGUCCCAGACGCAGGCUGGUACGCCGUCCAUGGUGAUCAAACGGAAUCUGUUGCAGAACGUGGCGGUCAAUACGAGUUAUAUCGGUCGUAGGAUAGUGAAUUGGGUGGUUGAGGUCCCCAUGGGGAUAACCUUGUUGGUCUCCCAGACUGCUCAUAAUGUACCGCGCUGCUAUAAUGACCAGACUGUGCGUGAGACACCUGAGGUCACUGGCGUCAGGUCUGGGAUUGUUGCGGCUGGAAAGGAAUUUGGGUACAGUAUGUAUGAUGGUAUCACCGGCGUAGUAAUGCAACCCAGCCAGGGCUGGAAAGACGGUGGGCUUAGUGGAAUGACCAAGGGAGUGGGGAAAGGUCUAGGUGGCAUCCUUAUUAAGCCUCAAGCCGGUAUUUGGGGGCUGAUUGGCUAUCCCUUGAAUGGCGUACACCGAGCCAUUGAGCAUUCUUAUGGUGCUAACCGGGAGGGCUAUAUCGUGAGAUCGCGAAUCAGGCAAGGAUUGGCAGAGUCUAAAGCUGCAUCGCAAGAUAGGAGGAAGGCUGUCUUGGAGAAAUGGCGUACUUAUGAGAAGGGGGUUCGCAUUAAACAUGAACGAAAGAGGCGCUGA